AUGGUGGAAUCUUUGCAUUUUCCGUUAUGUAAAGAAUUGGAGGUGAAAAUGCGGUUCCUCCAGCAUGUGCUUGCAUUGAUUUUUAUUGUGUUGCUUUAUUUCAGUAUCUCUAAAGCUUUGGAAUGUCAAUUGAAUAAUGCCAAUAAAUUCAACGUCGCACAUACCAUCAGGGUGGAUCAGUCUGGCAAGGGAGACUUCAAAACCAUUCAAAAUGCUAUUGAUUCAAUCCCAUCUAACAACGAUAAGUGGAUACGUAUCCUUAUUUCCCCUGGAAACUUCAGGGAGAAGGUUACAAUCCCUGCGAACAAACCUUGCAUUUUUCUUAGAGGAGCUGGGACCAAGUUAACCAGUAUUGAAUGGGGGGAUCAUAUGGAUACCUGUGACAGCGCUACUUUCACUUCAUCUCCUGAUAACAUUGUUGCGAAAGGCAUUACGUUCAAGAAUAUCUAUAACAUACAGCCAGGACAUGAUGCGAAGAAAAAGAUGGAGCCAGCUCUAGCGGUUAGAAUAUAUGGGGAUAAAUCUGCUUUCUAUAACUGUGCUUUCUUUGGGCUGCAAGAUACCUUGUGGGACGUACAAGGCCGCCACUAUUUCUACAAUUGCUAUAUUGAAGGUGCUGUCGAUUUUAUAUUUGGCGGUGGCCAGUCUAUCUAUGAGAGAUGCGAAAUAAAUCUUACAGCAGGAAAAUAUGCACCAGCAUAUCCUAAUGGUUACAUAACAGCGCAAGGAAGGAAUUCAUCAGCUGAUCCUAGCGGCUUCGUAUUUAAAUAUUGUGUGUUUACAGGAUCUGGUAAAACUUACCUGGGCAGAGCUUACGGGGCUUAUUCAAGAGUAAUUAUAUAUAAUUCAGUGCUAUCUGAUGCAAUUCUUCCUUCUGGUUGGGAUGCUUGGCACUAUGUCCAUCAUGAAGAAAAUUUGAUCUAUGUGGAGGCUGAUUGUAAGGGACCGGGAGCAAACACUUCGAAGCGUGUGCCUUGGCUGAGGAAACUCAGUGCUUCUCAGCUCAAUCAAUUUCUGAACAUAUCAUAUAUUGACAAAGAAGGAUGGAUUGCCAAACUACCAAAGGUCUCCUAA